UGUGGCAGGAUGCCAGCAAACAUGGACAAAUUAGGGUUGCGCAGGGUUUUUUAUAGUCUAUGAACAUUAGAAUCCUCGUUCAGAGGUUGUCGGUGUAUUUAUUUCGCUUGAAGGCGCAUGACGUGUUUCUAACGUUUGAACGUUAAGAGACUGUAACCAUGUCAACGGAGGAACUUCUUUCGGUAGACUAUGAAGUAUAUGGGAGGGUCCAGGGUGUGUUCUUUCGAAAAUAUACAAAGUCAGAGGGAAAGAAGCUUGGCUUGGUCGGUUGGGUGCAGAAUACUCAAGCUGGAACUGUGCAGGGGCAGCUCCAAGGCCCAGCCUCCAAAAUUAAACAGAUGCAGGAGUGGCUAAGAGCCACUGGGAGUCCACAGUCUCGAAUAAUAAAAGCAGAGUUCAAGAACGAGAAAUCAAUCGAAAAAAUGGAUUUCAGUGACUUCAAAAUUGUCCAUUAAGGGUAUCACUGAAUGAGUUAACUUAUUAACACUUCUAUUGUUAUUGUAUACUUGUUUGUUUUUAUAUUCAAGAUAAAUUAUUUGUAACGCUGAAAAUACACUCCAGUGAUGGUGUAUAUGUAUUAUGUCCAGUAAAAUAUUCCUGGCAAUAAGAUUA